AUGUCUGUCCUCGACCACUUCCUCGCUGCCGGCCCGCUCACCUGGGCCGCCCUCGUCCCCGCCGCCGUCCUCCUCGUCCACCUCGUCCCCUGGCUCCUCGACCCCCAUCACGUCCGCAAGUAUCCCGGGCCCCUCCUCGCCCGCUUCUCCGACGCUUGGCUCGGCUGGGUCGCCGCCCAGGGCCGUCGCUCAGAGGUCGUGCACGAGCUGCACAAGAAACACGGCACCUUUGUCCGCCUCGCCCCCAACCACGUAUCCAUAGCCGAUCCUGACGCUAUCCAGGACGUCUACGCACACGGAAACGGCACCACAAAAUCCAACUUCUACGACGCCUUUGUCUCCAUCCAGCGCGGCCUCUUCAACACCCGCUCUCGCCCCGACCAUGCCCGCAAGCGCAAGAUUGUCUCCCACAUCUUCUCCCAGAAGAGCGUCCUCGAGUUCGAGCCCUACACCCGCAUACACGUCGCCACCCUCAUCAGCCAAUGGGACCGUAUGUGCGAACAGGGCGCAAAGGGGAUGUCGGGCCCCGAGGGCGAGGGCUGGAGAGGCGCGGAUGGGCGUGUCUGGCUCGACUGUCUCCCCUGGUUCAACUACCUCGCCUUCGACAUCAUCGGUGACCUCGCGUUCGGUGCACCCUUUGGCAUGCUGCUCGCCGGCGCGGACGCGGCACCGGUCGCAACGUCCCAAAAGGCCGCAAUGGAGUCGUACGGCCAGGAGGCGGCGGCCAAGGUGCAGUACUUCCCCGCCGUGCAGGUCCUGAACGACCGCGGCGAGUACUCGGCGUCGAUGGGCGUGCUGCCGCCCCACUGGCGGCCGCUCGCGGUGCGCUUCAUCCCGUGGUACCGCAACGGCGGGGAGCAGGUGAAGCGUCUGGCCGGAAUCGCCAUCGCGGCGGUUGCGAAGCGACUCACAGCACCCGCGGACCGCGCAGACCUUCUGGCGAAGCUGCAAGAGGGCAAGGACGACGAGGGAAACCCGAUGGGCAGGGCGGAGCUGACCGCCGAGGCGCUCACGCAGCUGAUUGCGGGAUCGGAUACCACGUCAAACUCGUCGUGCGCGAUCACGUACCACCUGGCUGCGAACCCGCUGGUGCAGCAGAGGCUGCAGCAGGAGCUGGACGAGGUGCUCGGGAACGACGACGAGGCGGUGGCGACGUUUGAGCAGGUGAAGCGGCUGCGGUAUCUGGAGGCGGUGGUGAACGAGGGCAUGCGGGUGCACUCGACGUCGGGCAUAGGGUUGCCGCGGGUCGUGCCCGACGGCGGGAUCACGGUGCUGGGCGAGUUCUUCCCCGGCGGAACGGUGCUGUCGGUACCGACGUACACGGUGCACCGGAACCGCGCGGCGUGGGGGGACGACGCGGACGUGUUCCGGCCGGAGCGGUGGCUGGAGCGGGACGAGAAGGCGAUGCAGAAGGCGUUCAACCCGUUCUCGUUUGGCCCGAGGAGCUGUGUCGGGCGCAACCUGGCGAGCAUGGAGCUGCUGAUCAUCCUUGCGUCCGUCCUGCGGCGGUACCACUUUGUGCUGGAGACACCGGAGAUGAAGCUGGAUAUUCGGGAGGGGUUCCUGCGCAAGCCGUUGGAGUGCAGGGUCGGGAUGCGUCGCAGGAGUGUCUAA